AUGUUAUAUACUCCUAAGUACGAGACCCCCAAGUACGAGACACCCAAGUACGAGACACCUAAAUACGAAGAAGUCACAUACGCCGCUCAACCCUACAGCUUCGGAUACGAUGUCCAGGAUAAAGAAUCUUACACUGACUUCGAGCACAACGAAAAAUCUGACUACAACGUAGUGACCGGAUCUUACCGUGUGGUUCUCCCCGACAGCCGCGUCCAGAUCGUCACCUACAAGGCUGACGCCAACGGAUACACCGCUGACGUGAAAUACGAAGGCGAAGCCAAGUACCCCGAGUACGUUGAGUCCCAAUACAAAUCUGCUGCUUCCUACGCUGCCCCUGCCUACAAGGCUCCUGAAUACAAAAAACCGGCCUACACCGCUCCAGCCUACACUGCUCCAGCCUACACCGCUCCAGCUUACCAAGCUCCUGCUGCCUACCCUAAAUAUUAA